AUGGCCAACGAUCCUCCAGCCCCUUCACGGGGAGGGUUGUCGCUGUAUGCCAACCUCCUGGAUCCCAAAAAUGCUGCUUCGGGCACCAUCUCCAGUGCGCCCGUAUCAUACACGAAGCCCGAAAGCACUCCUGAACAAGAUGAAGCUGUCAAGAAACAGCAAGCACUCGCUGCCUCCCUAAGAUUUCAACCUACCAAACGACCUCAGAUUGCCGCUCAAAAAGCAAAGGCAAAGGCUAUUGCAAGCAAAUUCGCCCUUCCGUCCUCUUCCAACGCUGUUUCAGGAGUCACCCGCUCUGAGUCUACGGAAAACACCGCGACAGAAGCUCCGGUACCUCAACCGUCGGCGCCCAAAACCACUCUCGCAGAUUGGGUAGCCACCGCUUCGGAUGACGAUGAAGUUAACCACUUUUAUGCCGUUGAGAAGCGUGAACGACCAAGCCGGAAGAAGCGCAAGAAGAACAAGGAAGCUUCAGCAGCUCCAAUCAUUCAAGAUUGGGAUGAUAUCUAUGACCCGAGCAGACCAAACAACUAUGAGGAAUACAAGCACAGCGAAGAAAAGAUCCGCGAAGUAAGAGAAUGGAAAGACCUUCUUUACAGACACCGCAUAAAACCGAGGGACUUGAGUGACUCGGAAGAUGACGACUAUCAUAGACCCAUGAACAACCAAUUCGCACCACCUCCCAUGUCAUUUGCCCCACCGCCCAAUCUCAACGACGAGUGCCCUUCCCCCCCUCCGCCUGCCGACAUUCCAGACGAUACAACAGGAGAAGAUGCAUAUUUGCGCCGAAUACGCAUGUCACAGGCUCAACAAGCUCAACCUCCUCUGCCUCCCCCACCGGCCAUUAACCCUCCACCAGGUCAAAUAACACGCGCCCCAAUCCGCUACAAUCUGCCUUCCGCAUCAGAGGAGAUACCUUCGUCAGAAGCAGAAUGGGAGGAGAAGCUUGCAGAAUCCGAACAGGCUGAAGAAAAUACCAACUCCGACGAGCCACGAUCGAAACGGCCUGGUCAAGCAGGAUUUGCGGAGCGAUUAAUGUCCAAAUAUGGUUGGAGUAAGGGCCAGGGUCUGGGCGCCCAGGGAACCGGCAUCAUCAAUCCUCUGUAUGCCAAAGUGGACAAACGAAAGAAAAAGUCUGAUGCUGAAGGUGGUGGCUAUGCUGCGCCAGCAGGGACGGGCAAGAUUAUGGGUGGAUAUAAAUCCAAAGCUGCUCAAGUGGAAGAGGAAGGCAGAUUCGGAGCCAUGUCGGAAGUUGUUCGACUAGAGGGCAUGUUGAACGGUUUAAAUUUGGAUGAUGAGCUGACCCAAGAGGAGGGAGGAAUCUUGCAAGAGAUUGGUGAGGAAUGCAGUGAGAAGUACGGAAGUGUGAAGAGAGUCUAUAUCCAUCGAUCGGAGAAGGACGAGGAUGAAGCACUGGUAUUUGUGUGCUUUGUGAGCCAGCUCAGCGCCUUGAGAGCUGUGAACACCUUGGAAGGGCGCAUCUUCAAUGGGAAUCCCAUCAAGGCCAGAUUCUGGCCCAAAGACAAGUUCGAUGAAGGGCACUACGUUUGA